AGAGAGAGAGAUGAAACCGUCAAAUCCUCGUCGUUCACCUUUAAAAUACAUCACCGCAGUGCUCGCGUAUACACUGGCGCGCGCAUCGGAAGGGCUCGCUGCACCACUGCACCUGUUCUCGAGGUUGCAAAUCACAGGAAGUCGCUGUGCAAAAACGGCAUAUUCGUCGAGCUAGGUUUAGCAUUAAAGACGUCAGUUCGACAAGAAUUACGCGAGGGGAAAGAGAGACUAGACAGCUGUCAGACAUCGCUUUGUUGUUGGAAUUCAGUGGAGGAUGCAGCCGUGGUCUCUAAGGGCACAGAGCUUGUGGUUGGCCAUGAACGUAGAGUCACGACGAGGUGUACCUGACUCAGAAUAAACCAGACUGGGAGUCAAUAGGAGGUCCAACUUUAAUCCAAGCUGGGGUUUGGCCUAUAACAUUAAUGAUACUGUUGUGUAUUAGAAUUUAAGAUGGUUAAUGAGAGACUGAAAUCCUAUCUGGAGCCUGCGCGGCUGUUAUUUUAUUCCAAGGAAGAAGGUUGCGCUCAGCCCUUCUGAAUAUUUUAGUGAAUGAGGAACCUAUUGAACGGAGUUCUGCUGGCAGUGCUGGAGAAUUUAGGUGUUCAUGGCUAGAACAGAAACAUUUGUGUCCGUCACUUAAGUUCCUCAAAAACUCCUGACUUAUUCACACAGAUGCAGUAAUUUGGUGGGGAGAAGUAAGAAAAAGGGGCAAGGGGAUCUGAAAAGUAAGAGCUUCCCACAACUUCAAAUCAUCAGGGCAUCAUGCAGUCAGACGAUCUCUUCAUCCGCAAGUUCCGCAGGCAGAGUCCACGCCCGCCCCUAGCGAGAGUGAGCUUUGACCCCAAGCAGGAUGGUGGUAGUGUGCGGACACGAGUCGUGGCCGAAUGGCCCCCCAGGAGAGAGCCAGAGGGAACAAACUGUGACAGCGUCACACCCAACGCAGCUACACUGAAUCUAAGGACAGUUGGUCGUGGACACAUAAUGCAGCGCAGCAACAGUGAUGUCACCCUUGGCGAUUUGGAUUCAACGGGACAGGUCGGGAGGAAGUUGCUCCGGGCAGGGGGGGACAAAACUCUAACUGCGGGGCAGGGGGAGUACCUCCACCGAGAAUACGGCAGCCUCUCCUCGCUGGAGCGACAGACACAGUGCGUAGAUCCUGGUGCCGAAGAACAAGGCGCUCUCAGUCCCAAUGCCUUGCGCUUCAGAGAUCCGUUUCUUCUUUUGGGGCUGCAAGAGGCACCUCCCGAGGUGGACGGCUUUUAUAAAGCAAUCUGUCCUCCAGCAGUAGACACUUCAAAACCAGUCAAGCCCCCGAAACCAGAGGGGCUCGGUAAAAAGGCCAAACCGUCCCCUCCGCAGGCCACUCAGUUUCCCUGUGAACAAGUCCCAGGCGGUGCUUGGGUGCGCAAUUUUGCACACUAUGACGUACAGAGUAUCCUCUUCGACCUGACGGAGGCUGCCACUAAUCGGGACAGCAUUGGGCGCAAGAAGAACAUCACAUCUGGUGCGUCAGCUGCCUCUCAACUCCGUCCGCUCUCUCAAUCCACACCUUCCUCAGUUUCUCAGGGUGGAGGGAGUGGCACGGGAAGUGGGAUUAGUUCGGAAGAUGUAGAGCAGUCUUUGCUGGACGAAGGAGAUGGGAAUGAUAAUGAUCUCCUGCUCAGCUGUCCUCACUUUCGGAAUGAGAUGGGUGGCGAGGAGAGCGUGGGGCUUGGCCUGCACAGCAGGUGCAGGUGGAGGAGCCUUCAAAGCCCCAAUGAUGCUGUUUCAGUAUUAGAGGAGCCCAGGGAGAGCCACGUCCAGCCCCAGGGGAAAAGUAACUACUUCAUAGAGCAUGCAGACCUUGGGGCUCGUUACUAUCACAAGUACUUUUACAUGAAAGACCAUCAGAAUUUCUUUGGCAUCGACGAGCGUUUGGGGCCAGUGGCUGUCAGUUUUCGCAGGGAGGAAAAAGAGGGAUCAAGUGGGGCCCAGUACAACUACAGAAUCAUUUUCAGGACCACUGAACUGAAGACCCUGAGAGGUUCAAUCCUGGAGGAGUCUGUUCCCUCCGCAGCACGUCACACCACGCCACGCGGCCUUUCACCCAAGAGACUGCUGGAGUUUAUUUUGCCUGAUCUUAACCUACAUUGCCUCAGACUGGCCUCCACUUCACCUAAAGUCAGAGACACACUCCUUAAACUGGAUGAGCAGGGGUUGAAUUUCCAGCGUAAGGUGGGGGUUAUGUACUGCAGAGCAGGACAGAGUACUGAAGAGGACAUGUAUAACAAUGAGAGUGCUGGCCCAGUGUUUGACGAGUUUCUGGACCUUCUUGGAGACAGAGUGCGACUCAAGGCCUGGGAGAAAUACAGAGCUCAACUAGACACCAAAACUGACUCCACGGGAACACACUCACUGUAUACUCGCUACCAGGAUUACGAGAUCAUGUUCCAUGUCUCCACCAUGCUUCCAUACACAUCCAACAAUACACAACAGUUACUGAGGAAGAGGCACAUAGGGAAUGAUAUUAUCACAAUAGUCUUCCAAGAGCCAGGUGCUUUACCCUUCACCCCCAAAGCCAUCCGUUCUCACUUUCAGCAUGUGUUCAUCAUUGUCCAAGUACACGAGCCCUGCACCGACAACACCUAUUACAGAGUUGCUGUAACUCGUUCCAAGGACAUCCCGCUCUUUGGUCCUCUCUUCCCUAAAGGUGCACGCUUCCCCCGUUCUCCUGCCUUCCGUGACUUUCUCCUUGCCAAAGCCAUUAAUGCAGAGAACGCAGCUGAGAAAGCGGAAAAAUUUCGUUCCAUGGCCACACGCACACGGCAAGAGUACCUGAAAGACCUAGCGGAAAACUACGUCACCACCACACCCAUUGAUUCUUCCACCAAAUUCCCGUUGCUUUCACUGGGCGGGAAGCGCAAAGAGAAGUUUAAGGGAGCUAAAGGCGCAGAGCUUCAUAGCGCAGGCGCUUUAGUGUGGGCCGUCACCGUCGUUCAGGGCGGGGAGGGCAACGGUCUUAGCCUGUCCUGCCUGCUCGGCGUGUCAGCGGAGUCAGUCGUGCUCAUAGAGCGAUCCACUAGAACAGUCGUGUUCAAUUGCAGCUGCCGUGAUGUCAUCGGCUGGAAGGCCGUGACUGAGACUGGAGCUCAGGGUGGCCUUUGCCUGGAUAUCUUCUACGAGAGAGGCGAGGCAGUGACCAUGACGAUGUUGGACAGCCAAGUUGAGGAUAUUAAGGAGGUUGUCCAGAGGCUGGAGCUGGUAACACGAGGCUGUGAGGCGCGUGAGAUCACACCCCUGCGGGACGGAGUAGGUCAGCCUGGCUUCCUGAUGAGCGAGGAAGGCUUUGUAACUGAGCUGCAGCGGUUUGGAUAUGCAGAGAGCGGUGGGCUGCAGUUGGGGGCUCGUGUUGUUCGUCUCUGUGGUCAGGUCCUGGUGCACCUCAGCCAGGAAGAGAGGAGCCGACUCCUCCGCACGGCACAGAAGAUCCACAUCACAGUCAUUCCUCCAGACGAGAACGGGAAACCACGCAGGAGUUUCUCUGAGCUUUACCAGAAAGCCAUCCAGGACGCAGAAAGCAAAUCCGGAGAAGGACGAUCGGGCGAAGCCUGGGUUCUGGACGACGAUGAAGAUGAUGGUGAUGAUGAUGAAGGGGAGGAAGAAGAGAUGAAAGAGAAUGAAAAUAAGAUGGACGACAGUGAAACUCCAAAGCAGGAACUACUUGGAGAGCAGAUGGUAUUUCCCGAGCCCAUGGAUACAGAUUCGCUCCUCUCCCCACCCAGCUUGCCCCUCUUGCGGGCAACUUCCCUGCAGGACAGCAUGAAGAGUCAGACCCCAGAAAUCACCCCUGUCUCUCUCACACGAAGCUACUCAUUAGAAGGACACCCUCCAUGCCAGGACAUCCUUGAAGGACAUGUGUAUGAUAAUGUGGGGCUGAAAGGAAACAGGCACAUCUAUGAAAACCCUGGAGAGCUUAGGGAUGAGACCCCUGACCUCAUACUGGCAGUCAAACCUAAAGUGCCUCCAGAGCUAGUGGAAGAGUUUGGGCCUGAUCAGGGGACUGAGGAGCUGCCAUCGGUCAGUGAUGUGACCAUGAGAUCUGCCUGCAUGGAAAGUGCAGAAAGAAACUCUAGAGCUCUGAGCCUCCAUAACUCCAUCACUAAGAUUCUCUCAGAGACAACAGAUUCAUCUGAGGAAGAGUGGCAGUCGAUUGCUGAUCUGGCCAGCGCCUGUCGGAACAUUCUGGAAGCUUUGUCUCAAGAAGAUCGGAAGUCGGGAGAUGGAACUCAAGAGACUAUGACCCAGCCAGGUCAGACGGAAACCAAGUUUAAAGACUUCAAGGACAGUGACUCGCCUGGUCACCUCGAGGAGAAAGUGUCCCAGUUAGAGGCCAUGCUGAAGCGACUGCAGGACGACCUCCAAAAGGAGAAGGAGGACAAGGCAACGCUGCAAGCAGAGGUGCAAAGUCUCAGGCAGAACAACCAGCGGUUGCAGGAAGAGUCCCAGAGUACCGUGGCGCGACUCAUUAAGGUCACUGAACUGCUCUGCAAUGUCAACAAACCCUGCUAGCAUUGAAGGCCAAAACAUGGCAGCAAGCAAGAUCAACAGACUGAUCUAAAGGCCAAUGCAAAACUAGCAAACAACGCCCUAAAAACUUCUCUUAAGUGACAAGAACAUUGACAAGCCUUUCUAGAAAAGUGCACGAAAACAAACUGGUCGGCUAAAGUACAUUCUUCCUCAAAAUACACUUAAUAUAAAUAACAAGUCAUCCAAAUCUCUGUUUCACCCUAAACAGUUUUCAGGGCUAGAUUCACAUAUAGUCCCAUCACUGUGAAAGCUUGUUAACAAUGAUAGCCUUCGGUGCAAGAACCAGUCUCAUAGGAAACACUUAAUCAUUACUGUUUUGGAAGCAUGCCCUUAACAUCGGCUAAUGUUGUUUACAAGCAGUUCAAAACCAUCUGACUGAUCCAAAAGUAAUUAUUUGCAACCCUCAGACCUGACGAAGACAUUUAGUGACAUUAACUGUUCAAACUCAUAUUAUACUUUUAAGUAUUUCAUUCCCUACAUAGUGAACCGUGUCCAGAUACCUAGCAAUACAUUCCCCUUACCUGUGUUGAAAUGGCUUCAGGAGUUCCGGACCAUGUACUUCAGUGUAUAUACAGUUUCUUACUAGAAGAAAAUUAUUAAAAUAUCAGUGUGACUGUAACCCUCUAUUAACCAUCACAGUGUCAGAAAUAGGUAGAACCCGAUCUAACCUUUUCUGUUGGCAAUGGGGUAAAAGGCUGGCUUCUCACUUAUCUCUGGAGUGAAUAUGCGAACACCAAGAGCGAUACAAACUGAUGGUGAAAAUCAGAAAAUACGUGCAUUUUUGUAAGCACAUUUUUUGUUUAGGACUACCCUUGUGAAAAAGAAGUGCGCUUAAUUGUAUUGAAUGUGCACUUGAAGUGUACUUCAAUACUUAAAAAGUAUAUUUUUAAAA